UGCGGUCACACUCGCAAGCGGCUUUGUAAAUAUAGUUAAAAACCAAAAUAUCUCUUUAAAUAUUUGCUGUAAGCUAACGUAGAUCUCCCUGAACCUUAAUUAACACAAUGCUGCGAAUGCUCCAGAAGAGAACCAGUCUUAUAAAGCUAGUGGUGCCCGGCCCCCGACUUCAUCAAACGAUUGCGCAAACAGCGAUAAAGGAAAUCCCUUUGAUAAAGCCCAUCAGCACGCCGAAAAGCGACAAAACAGUCGGAAGAUGGUUCUUGGGAGUCAGCGGCAUGGUGUUUGUGGCCGUUGGUCUAGGCGGAGUAACCAGACUGACAGAGUCCGGACUGUCCAUGGUAACUUGGAAGCUGACGGGUGAACGUAUGCCCCGAACCCAGGAGGAAUGGUUGCAGGAGUUUAAUCUCUACCAACAAUACCCAGAGUACAAGCUAAAGAACGUGAAUAUGACUGUGGAGGAGUUCAAGUUCAUCUUCAUGAUGGAGUACAUGCACAGGAUGUGGGGACGUGCCAUAGGCGGGUUCUUCCUCUUGCCCGCCGUUUACUUUUGGAGAAAGGGAUACUUCAGCGCUAAGACCAAGAAGAGCGUUCUGCUGCUGGGCACUCUGAUUGGCCUGCAGGGUCUGAUGGGGUGGUACAUGGUUAAGUCCGGACUAGAGGACCGGUUCCAGGAUCCCAACGAUGUGCCGCGGGUCUCUCAGUAUAGAUUGGCGUCCCACCUGGCAGCAGCCUUCGUCCUGUACUCGCUCUCCCUGUCGAGGGCCAUGUCCCUGCUAAUCCCAACCAACACAUUCGUGAUCCAAGCCAAGAAAGCAUUUAAUAUCAAGGGCCUGACCCAUUUGACAAAGGCAAUGGUCCUGCUGACUGCCAUUUCUGGAGCCUUUGUAGCCGGACUAGACGCCGGACUGGUAUACAACUCGUUCCCGAAGAUGGGCGACCAGUGGAUUCCCGAGGACAUGUGGAAGUUUGCGCCAAUACAGAAGAACAUCACCGAGAAUCCGACGACAGUGCAGUUCAAUCACCGCAUUCUUGGUAUUAGCACAGUAACGCUGACCACAGCACUGUGGCUGGUGACCAGGCGGAUGCAGUUGCCCAAGCGCGCCAACUGGGCCAUCAACGCUGUGGUGGCCAUGGCCUGGACGCAGGCCACGCUUGGAGUAACCACCUUGCUUAACUACGUGCCUGUGCCCUUGGCGACGGCCCACCAGUCGGGCUCGCUUAUUCUACUGAGUUUCGCUUUGUGGUUGUCGCACGAAGUUCGACUGUUGAAGUAUUUACCAAAGUAAAUAAAUAGUUGUUUGUUGAACCAAAUCGAA